CUUGUUAUUUAGUAACAAUGUUCAAAGAGAAUGAUUCACCUGGCUUGCAGAAGUAACCUAAAUCAUUGAAAAAAAGUUUAAAAUUAUUGGAAAUUCAAGUGCAAUGGUGAAAAUGUGUUAACAAUUAUACGUGAAAGUGUGUACCGUUUCGUAUUAUCAACAAAAUGAGUUCAACCCAGACCAGACGAGAGGGGCAUAAUGAGGAACUCGUUAUCGAUGGAGUUUUGAGUACCCAACCCGAACUGGGUCCUAGCAUACCUGACGGCGGUUACGGUUGGGUCGUUUUCUUAGCAACAUUAUUUUUCCAAGCUUUAAUUCCAAGCUUAAUCGUAAGCUUUGGAAUAUUUUUAGCUUUCUCGAGACUAUCUAAUAUAACAGGAGAGGAUAUAAAUCCCAUGUUGUGGGAUGACAAACUGGUGUACACCCCAUUGCUUUUUGUUGCCACUUGGACCUUUUUCGAUCCAACUGCUCGUGCACUUAUUUCCAAUAGCACAUGGCCUCGACUCGUCGCAACUGCCGGUACCUGUUUAACAUGUGCGGGCCUUCUCUUUUUGUGGAUGGGGAUGAUAGGAUACGGAGGGACUUUAGUUUUCAUAUUGGCCGGUGGUGUCUCGGGAAUUGGAGCAUCAAUUCAAAUCGCUCAGUGUGAAAUAUUAAUGGCGCAGUAUUUUAGAUUAAAACAUGCAGUAUUAGCUCAUAUCACUCAAGCAGUAUCAGCGUUUGGUUUCUUAAUAGCACCAAUUGUCGUGGGACAUCAUAUUUUAAGUUCAAAUUUACUUCAUGUGAUCUUGUGGUAUCAGGCAAUUAUUUUACAAGGCCUUGUCUUGAAUUUAACAUUCAGGAAACCUAUGUAUUUAAAAUCAAAACAGACUAAUAACUAUAAUUAUGUCUCGGCAACAGCAGACGAUGAAGAAGACAUAUUCUCAAAAAAUUCUAGGGAACUACAAAUUAAGAGGCUAAACAGUAGCGGUUCAAAUGUAACAAUAGAAAAACAUACAAUCACGAACAGUUCUGAGGGUGAUGUAGCUGGAACGAGUCAUAGUAGUGACGAUAAUGAUAAAGUCAGAACGGAAAAACAAAGCUGGGAGACAUUUGAGGAUAAUGAAGGCCUAGAAGAACCAAAAUAUAAAAAUUUACAAGAAGAAUGGGAAAUAUUUGAUGAAGAAGACGAGGUCACACCAAAAAUUUCUAAACCAAAAUCUACAGAAUGGGAGAAAUUUGAAGAAGAGGAACCUCUUCCUAAAAACCAAGCAAAGAACUUAAGACUGGAACUGGCAUUUGCCGAGGAGUUAGCUGAAGCAAAUAAUGUUCCAACCCCUAAUAAUACAACAGGCGUGCCGAUACCUAUAUUUACCGACUUACCGGUGAACAAUAAUAACACCUAUUCUUACGAUGUAUUGGAACAGCACUCCUCUCCACUUUCUCCACCAGUCUUCAUGCCCACAACAAUUGAAAGGCGGUCUACAUUUUCAAAUUUACAAAUUCUUCAACAGCCCACAUUUUACAAGUCUCUGUUGAUGAUCAUAACUCUGAAAUUUUCUAUAUUUGUCUACUUCACCUUGUUCCCCAGUUACAUGUAUCAGGAACUUAAGGGAAUUAAAAUGAGAUAUAUCUCUACAGUUGUGGGAGUGGUGUCUGUAACCAGCUUAUUUUUUUCUGCCGUGUCAUAUUGGGUUAAUAUAGACAAGAAGAAGAGACCUAUAUGUAUGUGGUUUUUGUGUUGGGUGGGAUCAUGCGGAUACUUCAUGGUGUCUGAUUCAGAUUCCGAACGAGUCCUUCUUUUUGGAGCUGUGCAAGUAACUUUAAGCAUAGCUAGUUUGCAGUAUGUGGGAUUGCCACUGCUUGGUCUAACUUUGAGAGGGGAAACAAACAAGGAGUUUGCUCUUAUUAGUAUGAUGAGCGGGGCAGCGUUUCUGUUUUUUAUAAUCAUUAAUUCUAGUUAUAAGGACUGUUUUAGACUGAUGGCGCUGUUACAUUUCUUUACAGGAGCCGUGUGGUUUUCAAAUUAUUUAUACAAAAAAUUAAAGUAUUGAUAUCUAUUUUAUUUACGUGUAAGUGUAUUAAAUAUUAUACAAAU